AUGUUUAAAAUUGAACAAGACCAGAGAGUGUUGUUUGUUGGGUUGGUGUGUGUGGACCUUUUCAAUGUGUUGCCAACUUUUCCAACAGAAGACCAGGGUCACAGAUGCCUUGACUGCUACUGGCAACGAGGAGGCAAUGCAUCAAAUUCAGCAACUGUCUUGUCUCUACUGGGUGGCAACGCUGAGUUCUUUGGCACACUCUCAGAUGACAGGGAAUUAGAUUUUAUUCAGAAAGAUUUCAAAGAGUACAAUAUACACUUUGACAAAUCUGUCAUUAUCCCUAAUACAUCGUGUCCAAUGUCAGUUGUUAUUAUUAGCCAAGAGACCAAAACUCGAACCAUUCUUCAUACCAAUAAAAAUUUACCGGAAUUAUCCCUUAGCAAUUUUGAACAGAAAAUUGAUUUGAACUCACCUUCUAUACGGUGGACUCAUUUUGAAGGCAGAGACAAUGCUUAUGAAAUAUCAAGGAUGCUGACACACAUAAAUCAAUAUAACGAAGACAGAAAAAGUGCUGACAUAGGAUACAAACCAAUAAUUACAUCAUUAGAAGCAGAGAAACUUCGAUUAGCUCCAGGACUAGACAAAUAUAAUGUCUGGGAGCUCCCCGAUGUAAUGUUCAUUAGUAAAGAUUUCGCCAAAAGUCAGGGUUACAAAACAAUGACAGAGGUUGUUUCUGGAUAUUUGUUGAAGCUUAAGAAAGGUGCUGUUGUAAUAUGUGCUUGGGGGGAAGAAGGAGCAGCAGCUAAUUCAGAAGAAACAGGUAUUGUAACUUCGUCUGCAUUUCUACCAGAGACUGUACAAGACACAUGUGGGGCUGGAGACACUUUUGUUGCUGCCACCAUAUUUGCUUUAUCUCGGGGUCAGGGUCUCCUGAAAGCUAUAACUUUUGGAUGUGCUGUUGCAGGAGCAAAGUGUGGAAUGCAAGGAUUUAAAGGUCUUUCUAAUGUAACAAGAUUGGCUUAA